AUGCUCACGUUCAUGACUGAAGGAGCCCUACGCAUGAUUCAUGAAUACCCGAUGCCCAUAUUCAGCGGACCAGGGACAUCUCCGACGAUUCGAUAUCGGUAUCCUGGAAUAGGAGGAUUUCCAAUCCCAAGUCAGAAUCACAUCCAGCGUCAGGAUAGUCAAGAGCAGAGUGAUAUAGGAAUAUGCUCUGUGAACGGGGAUGCCGGAAAAGAUGAGAAGGCAAAAGAAACGCCAGAGGAAAUCACAGCGAGAUAUGAAAAGAUCAUCCGAGGACCCCUCGACUACCUCCUCUCCAUCCCCGGCAAAGACGUUCGCGGACGUCUCAUCUCCGCGUUCAACGAAUGGCUUCACCUCCCAACCGAGAAACUCGACAUCGUCAAAGAAAUCAUCGAGCUCUUACACACUGCUUCUCUCUUAAUCGACGACAUCCAAGACGGCUCCCGUCUCCGCCGCGGCCACCCCGUAGCGCACCACAUCUUCGGCGUCCCUCAGACGAUCAACGCAGCGAACUACGCGUACUUCCUCGCCCAGGAGAAACUCAAAGACCUGGACGACCCAGCCGCCGCAUUCUCCAUCUUCACGCGGGAACUCCUGAACCUGCACCGUGGCCAGGGCAUGGACCUGUACUGGCGCGACGCGCUCGUGUGUCCCUCGGAGGAGGAAUACAUGCAGAUGGUGGCGUAUAAGACGGGGGGGUUGUUUGAGUUGGCGGUGGGGUUGUUGCAGGUGGGUGUUGAUGUUGAUGUAGACUUCACACCCCUCACGCACAAGCUCGGCACGAUCUUCCAGAUCCGCGAUGACUACCUAAACCUGCAAAGCGGGCUCUACGCCACAAAAAAGGGGUCCAUGGAAGAUCUCACCGAAGGCAAGUUCUCCUUCCCGAUAAUCCACAGCAUCCGCGCACGGCCCGACAACACGACGCUAGUCAGCACCCUCAAGCAGCGCAGCGAGGACGAGGCGUUGAAGGCGUAUGCGGUGCGAUAUAUGGAGACGACGGGGUCGUUUGGGUACUGUCGGGAGAAGUUGGCGGAGUUGAUGGGCGAGGCGAGGAGGGUGGUGGGGGAGUUGGAGGAGAGGUUGGGGCCGUGUCCGGGUUUGCUUGGGAUUUUGGAUUUGUUGGAGGUGCCGGGGGUUGAGGGGGUUGAAGAGGAUGGAGGAGGGAAGGAUGGUGGGUCGGUGUGA